UUGUGUUCACUGAUCUCUGGCUUCGUUCCAAAUCGAAUCGAAACGAAACGAACACGAAUCGUAUACAAAAUGGAUUCACAAUCUGUUGUCCGUCGGUAUCCGCAUAGUUUUUCAAUUGAACAGAUUUUGGCCAAACCCGAUACGCGUUCCCCUCGAUCAUGUUCUCAUAAUUAUGAAGUAAUCGAUGAAACACAACAAAUACAUCAGCAGCAACAACAACAACAGCAACAGCAACAUCCGCCACCAUUACAAAAUGACUUGGGUGGAUCUGGAGUUGAUAACGAUAUCGAUGUCUCUGUUUCAUCGCGUGUCUCAAGUCCAGCCACAUCAAGUUGCCUGGACGAAGACACUCUGGAAGAUGGCAAAAGUGACAACGAUUUGACUUCGGAUGAUGGCAAUGCUCUUCAGGAUGAUCGAAAGAAACGCCCUCGAACUGCAUUCUCAGCAUCUCAGAUCAAGGCAUUGGAAACGGAAUUCGAACGUGGCAAAUAUUUAUCGGUGGCCAAGCGAACGGCACUGGCAAAGCAAUUGCAAUUGACGGAAACACAAAUAAAGAUCUGGUUCCAGAAUCGUCGCACCAAAUGGAAACGUAAAUACACCUCCGAUGUGGAGACAUUGGCCUCCCAUUACUAUGCCCAACUGGGCAUUGGUGGACUGGCCAGACCCAUGGUAGUGGGUGACAGACUUUGGCUAUUCAGUCAAACGCCGGCGGGACCAACACCCAUACAAUCCAUUAUGUUGAAUGGCGGUGGAGCUGCUGCACCCAUGGCCACGUCACAUAGUCCCGCGAUUACAGGACCCAUGCGUCCAUAUCAACCGAAUGCCAGUGUAAUGGAAAGUGCCCGCAAUUCGAUAUUGGCUCGCGGUCAACCUUUGAACUUUGCCAUGCCCUUUGCCGCAGGAAUGACGGCGAAGACACGUUGCAAAUCCUAUGUGGAUUACACGGGAAUGCAACCACUUCACGGCCAUCCUAGUGAGGCAUAUUUGCAGAUGAAAUAUGCCAGUUUACCACUGGAAACGGAAACCGAAUCAUCAUCAUCAUCCAAUGGCCUGGCCGAAUUGGAACGUGUCUUUGGCGAUAGUAAUGCAAAUUUCCUAAAGCCAAACUCUGGAAGUUCCAUUAACUCGUAUCGCGAUCCCUUAUCCAAUAGCCAACAACAGCAACAACACUCAGAAUCUGAAAAUAGUGACAUUGAUUGCGAACAUCUUGAUGAAGAUGAAUAA